CGGCGCUUCCUCGGCGGCUCCGGGGCGCUGACACUCCGGGCUUCUCCGCUGUCCUUGCCUCCUGUUCGCCGACCCCUCCGGGAGCUCUUCCUGUCGCCUUCGCCACAGCGUGGACAAUAAAUUAAUGCCUCGCGCUUGAAGCGGCGGCGGCUCAGCGCCGGGAUCGCAGCUUUCUAGCCUUGGCUGGAGCCGGCCACAGCCGACAUGGGCUGUUUCUGCGCUGUUCCGGAAGAAUUUUACUGCGAAGUUUUGCUCCUGGAUGAAUCCAAGUUAACCCUCACCACCCAGCAGCAGGGCAUUAAGAAGUCAACGAAAGGCUCCGUUGUCCUUGACCACGUAUUCCGUCACAUAAACCUUGUGGAGAUAGAUUAUUUUGGUCUGCGUUACUGUGACAGAAGCCAUCAGACAUAUUGGCUGGAUCCUGCAAAAACCCUUGCUGAACACAAAGAACUGAUCAACACUGGACCUCCAUAUACUUUGUAUUUUGGUAUUAAAUUCUAUGCUGAUGAUCCCUGUAAGCUUAAAGAAGAGAUAACCAGAUACCAGUUUUUCUUGCAGGUGAAGCAAGAUGUCCUUCAGGGCCGGCUGCCCUGCCCUGCCAACACUGCUGCUCAGCUGGGAGCAUAUGCCAUCCAGUCUGAACUUGGAGAUUAUGACCCAUAUAAGCACACAACAGGAUAUGUGUCCGAGUAUCGGUUUGUUCCUGAUCAGAAAGAAGAACUCGAAGAAGCCAUAGAAAGAAUUCAUAAAACUCUAAUGGGUCAGGCUCCUUCUGAAGCAGAGCUGAAUUACUUGAGGACUGCCAAAUCUCUGGAGAUGUAUGGCGUUGACCUCCAUCCCGUCUAUGGAGAAAACAAAUCUGAGUAUUUCUUAGGAUUAACUCCAGUUGGUGUUGUUGUCUACAAGAAUAAAAAACAAGUGGGGAAGUAUUUCUGGCCUCGGAUUACAAAGGUUCACUUCAAGGAGACACAAUUUGAACUCAGAGUACUGGGGAAAGAUUGCAAUGAAACCUCAUUCUUUUUUGAAGCUCGAAGUAAAACUGCUUGCAAGCAUCUUUGGAAGUGUAGCGUAGAACAUCAUACAUUUUUUAGACUGCCAGAAAAUGAAUCAAAUUCAUUGUCAAGAAAACUCAGCAAGUUUGGAUCCAUGAGUUACAAGCACCGGUAUAGUGGCAGGACAGCAUUGCAAAUGAGUCGAGAUCUUUCUAUUCAACUUCCCCGGCCAGAUCAGAAUGUGGCAAGAAGUCGAAGCAAGACUUAUCCUAAGAGAAUGGCACAAACACAGUCUGCUGGAUCAAACAGCCUAAAUCGGGUAACUGCAAACAUGGAAAAUGGAGAAAACGAAGGAACAACUAAAAUUAUUGCACCUUCACCAGUAAAAAGCUUUAAGAAAUCAAAGAAUGAAAACAGCCCUGAUACCCAAAGAAGCAAAUCUCAUGCACCGUGGGAAGAAAAUGGCCCCCAGAGUGGACUCUACAAUUCUCCCAAUGACCGUACAAAAUCCCCCAAGUUUCCCUACAUGCGCCGCCGAAACCCCUCCUGUGGGAGCGACAAUGACUCUGUACAGCCAACCAGGAGAAGGAAAGUCCAUAACAGUGGUGAAGACUCGGACCUAAAGCAAAGGAGGAGGUCGCGCUCACGCUGUAACACAAGCAGUGGUAGUGAAUCAGAAAAUUCUAAUAGAGAACACCGGAAAAAGAGAAACAGAAUACGGCAGGAGAACGAUAUGGUUGAUUCAGCGCCUCAGUGGGAAGCUGUAUUAAGGAGACAAAAGGAAAAAAACCAGGCGGACCCUAACAACAGGCGAUCUAGACACAGAUCUCGCUCGAGAAGCCCUGAUAUCCAAGCAAAAGAAGAGUUAUGGAAACAUAUUCAGAAGGAACUUGUGGAUCCGUCUGGCUUGUCAGAAGAACAGUUAAAAGAGAUUCCAUACACUAAAGUGGAGACUCAAGGUGACCCAAUCCGCAUCAGGCAUUCUCAUUCGCCGCGAAGUUACCGCCAGUAUCGCCGGUCCCAGUGUUCAGAUGGAGAGCGAUCUGUUCUCUCAGAAGUGAAUUCAAAAACGGAUCUCGUACCUCCCCUGCCCGUGACCCGUUCUUCAGAUGCGCAGGGCUCUGGCGGCUCCACCGUUCAUCAGAGAAGAAAUGGGUCUAAAGAUAGCCUGAUUGAAGAAAAAUCUCAGACAUCUACAAGCAAUCUGGCUGGAAAACAUACAGCAAAAACAAUAAAAACCAUCCAAGCUUCACGCCUCAAAAUAGAGACUUGAUCCCAGUGAAGGGCUUGGGACGGGGGUGGGAAGGGUGUUGUGUGCCACCUACUUUGAAACUGUGAAUUAUUAAAGUAUCUUGGACCUUCAAGUGUUUCUUCAGAAGAAAAAUAAUCAAGUCUGUUGCUUCUUUUAAAGGUUUAACUACAGCAUAUUUGUGCUGAAGGGACUUUUUAUUUGGUAACUGGAAGGAUAGUUGUCUUGUAAAAAUUCAUUCACUUGAUGCCAUUAUUUUUCUUCCUGGAACCUGCGGAUCUGGUAUUCUACAACCAAAACUAGAUGCUUCUGAUCGGUUCUGGAAUCCUGGAUUGCAGCUGGCUAGCUGUGCAAUAUACCAAGUGGGAUGCAAAGGUUCUUCCCAACUCUAGGUGGAUCUUGGCCUGUGCACAGACGCGUGAGGGCUGAGGUCACAUCCCUUUCAGACUGCAGAUAUUAAUAUAAAUUUCUUUGUAAUACUGUAUUUUGUGGCAUUAAGUUCCACUGGUUAUUUACAAAUGUAAAAAGCUUUUCGUUUGAAAGUGUUGCUUUUCAUUUCUCGUGUCCUUGUCUUUUGUUGUCAGAAAAAAGGUUAUGUGUGGAUUUCAGUUGACCUCACCUUAUCAACCUCAAAUGGUCCCUCCAGCCUGCCUGGCUCUCUCCCCGCCAAGGACUAUUUCAGACGUUUCCUCUGUGACUUACAAGCACAAAUCCUUCCCCAGCUACCAUGACUCCCCUAUUCCAAGUGUCUUGAAAAGAUUACCUGUAGCCAGUGUCCUCAGUUCAUCUCUAAUCUGGAUCUCCUCCUCCAGGGCUCCAGGAAAGCAGACCUCACGACAAUCACCCUCACGUCACCAAAUCACAAGGCCCAAGGCUAACUUUUAGGCUCCCUCGCACCAUUUCGUGCUUCUUUAAUGUGCUUCCCAUUUAAUUCCUAUCAUUCUCAUCCUCCUUCGCAGUUUAUCGCAGCCUACCUCACCAGGUACUAGUUUCUCAAACCUCAGACUUUGGUCCUCUUCCUCUGCCGCAGGUUCUUGGAUGCCCGCGUACUUAGCUUGGACUACAGACUAGUGUUCUGCCAAGAGACCAAGUAGUUUAAAAUGCUGCUCCCCAGCUGGAUUUAGGGACAUUACGCUUAUGUGCAGGUCUACACACCUAACAUCAUUACGGACCCCUCUCCUAUUAACAAGUCCUGUCAGCUUUGCCCUCUAUGGCUUAAUCAUCCCUUUACUAAUUUUACAUUGAUCCAAGAUAGUCAUCUCUUGCCUAGACAACUAUAGUUGCCUCCAACUGGCCCACUUGUACUCAUUUUCUUGCAGAUGUGAUCCGAUUUCUCCUUGUUUUAAAUAUAGCUUUACAUGGUCUGACAUCUUACCUGUGCAGCCUCAAUUUUUCAGACUCCCAGCUUCCUUACUGGCCUCCUACCAUGCCUCAUUAAGCAAACUCUUGGACUAAAUCAGGGCAUUAGAGUGAAAGCAGCUACAGCUGUCACAAAUCUGGACUUAGGGUCAUAUCAUUUCUAGCUCAAGGCCUCUGCACAUGCCACUUGCCCAACGUCGGCUUGUAGAAAUGACACCCUUGGUCUCAACUCUGCUUUCUCAGGUUUCUGACUUGCUCAGACUCUAUCUUGCAUAGGAUUUGCUUCACAAAAUUUUACAUUUGUGAUGACAUUUCCUCCAUUCACAUGGAAGAUUCCAAAGGGAGGAACUAUUUUGCUCACCACUGUGUCCCCAGCUCCUAGUACAGUGCUUUCAAUAA